UCCCCACUUAUUACAGCGUAGAGCGCCAUCGAAUCAGUGUGAUUGGUGCCGUGGUGCAACAAGCAGUAACGCACAAAUUUUCUGGAACUGCAAUUACAUUUUGGGCCCUUGAUAGAUUUUACUAUGUCAAGUCCCGAAGAGUCUAAACUCAAGGGCGGACAUCCUCCAGCAGUAAAAGCGGGAGGAAUGAGAAUAACCCAACAUAAAACACCAAAGGAGGAUCGCGAAAUAAAACCCCUUAAGGAUGCGGAUGAAAGUAGACCGUCGAUCAGUCCAUCUAAGACCUUGAUGAUCAGUGGAUAUCCUGCAAAGGGAAAUGCAGAUUUUCCUCCAGAAGCUGUACAAGUUUUCCAUGAGAAACCUACGCCAACUCAUGAUGCUCGUCCAAUUCAUUGUUCACGUCCCAUCAUUAUUCAACAACCCAGGAAGUGAACAAUACGCGCAUUCUCCAACCAAGGGCUAACAGAUGCAUUAGCCCCAACACUUCUUAAUUAAAUAAAAAUCAAUAAAAACCAAAAAAAUAAAAGCAAAUAUCUAUAUAUGAGUGUACUUGGAAGUUUCUAUGGGAUAUACUGAUCAAUGAUUUUGUGUAUUUGCAGUGUAAACUUACGAUCAGUUUCCCAAGAAGCUAACAGUUUCAUGCUAGAUGAAACAGAGUACCUCACGAGAGUAUAUUACUGUUAAGAGAAAAAAAAAGAUUUAUUUUUAAUACUGCGUCGCGUGAUUUCAGUAUCGGCAUUUAAAUGAACCACUUACUCCGAUUUUUCUCGAAGUCCUGUGUGUUCAAACACUACUGUUAGAUGUUUGUAUCGACAGCACGCUUCCGUUUUGAUUUUGUAAUUUGAUAACUCUUUUAGUGGGCAUGUUAGUACAGCAUAAUAUUCGUAAGUGUCUUCGGGACCAGUAUGCAUUUCAAAUUUGCGACUUUAAUAUUUUUUUUUUUUUGUUCUUAAAUUGCAUUUGUAAAGAAAAUGUAUGAUUUUUGGAACAUUGAUUUGGUCUAAAAUUGAACCAAAUCGGUGUACCACGUAUCGAGUGUUACCCUUAGUUAAAUCUACAUACAUCGUAGAACUUCCGUAAAUUCUGAUGUAAUCAGCGAUUUUUCAUAAUAAAGAUGUAUCAUAAUA